AUGUCAACGAGCGGAUGCGUGCUUGGCCAGGAUCACCUGGAUAGCGGCGUGCGGUGUCAAUUCCCAAGAACGCUGAAGAGCAUACUUGAGAAGAUAAAGGUCGAGGAAGAAGAAGACACUGCUGCGGCUGAUGGUUUCUUCCAACUGCCAGGGUGCACGCUUCCCUUGUACGACCUUCAGCGGUCGAUCGUUGGCGACGGCUCCGAAGUCACCGACGCCGAGUACGAAUCGAUGUGUUUGGCAAGGAAGCCCACCGUCAUAAAGCAAGACGAGAACCGGUUAAUCCUUCAGGAGGAUCGCCUUCUCUACGGCUACAACGUGUCGGCCAAGGACCUGCGCUGCUCUUACCGAGAAGUGGUGCGUAAUACGAGCUGCCUCAUUCCAGACACAAGCCCAGCCCUCAGUCCUCCCAGACGCCUGGUCUUCGGGCGCCCACUGCACGAGGAAUACGUCCAGGUUACUUGCGAGGUGAGGAAGUCGAAGCUUUUUGUCGAAUAUUUUCUCGUCCCUCAAGGCCGAGAAAGGGCCGCUUCGUACUCGUCGUCUAAAGCCAUCGAAGCUCAAUUGAACAUCCUCAUUUUGGGCAUCGAUUCCACCUCCAGCCUAAACUUCAGGCGCCGCAUGGCGCGGACGAGACACUACCUAAUGGAAGAAAUGGGUGCGUUCGAGUUCCUCGCUUUCAACAAGGUCGGCGACAGCUCGUUUCCGAACCAGAUCUCCCUACUGUCGGGAUUCGCGGCCAGCGAAGUGGAGGAGAUGUUAAAGCGAAGCUACUCCAACAAGGUUCCGCUUCUGUGGAACGUGUACCAGGCGAUGGGUUACACGACGCUGUUCAUGGAGGAGAUGCCCCACUACGGCCUCUUCACUUAUCCCAACCAAACUGGAUUUAAGGUGACGCCAACCGACUAUUACCCAGUCUCCGUUCUACGACUCAUGGACGAAAAAGGAGGAAUAGAACGCUUCUGCAUGGGUUCCCGGCUUAAGACCAAGGUGCUCAUUAAGUAUCUCGGCGACGUGCUGAAGCUGAACGACCACUCGAGAACGUUCUCGUACGUCUGGCUGUCGGACGUGACCCACAAUCACGUCAAAGGCAUAACCAUCCUGGAUGAGCCGCUCUUAGCAUUAUUCAAGGGCCUUUCGAACAGAGGGGUCCUUGACAGCACUGUCGUGCUUCUUCUGAGCGAUCAUGGUGCUCGCUACGGAUCAACCCGCCGUAGCGAGCUCGGAAGGUACGAAGACAAGACGCCCUUUUGCUUUCUGGCGCUCCCGAAGCGCUUCCUCCGCGAACAUCCCGAAGUGGCUGCAAGGCUGGAAACGAAUCAGCGCCGACUCAUCACCGCCUACGAUUUGCACGCGACGCUUCUUAGCCUGUCGUCCUUGCCGUCGUUCUCUGCCACUCGCACUCGCCACGGCCUCAACCUCUUUUCCUUUAUUCCCGCCGACAGGACGUGCGCCAACGCAUCGAUACCUCCGCAGUUCUGCGCCUGUCUCGGCGCUCACAGUGAAAUGCGGGAUAAUUCAGCAGCGCUGGAGUUCGCCCGCUACGCCGUCGCUUACAUGAAUGCCCUCGCCGAGUUCCACUUUCCGGGAAAGUGCCUCGUCUGGCGACUAGACCGUGUACAGAAGUCCUUCGUCAUAACUAACUACCACUCCAGUAACCAGCCCACUAAGCAG